CUCCCGAGACACGAGCCGAACUGGGCGUCAGGUCGGGAGCCGGUCCGGUUCCCGCUCCCCGCUCUCCGCCGCCGCCGCCGCUUCUCUCCCGCAGCGCCCCUGUCCGCCGAGCCGCGCCGAACCUGAGCCUCAGCUGGGGCUGCAUCGUCCCCCUCGCUGGCCCAGAGAGCCCACCCAACGGUGCCGGGCGCCGGCAGCCGAGGGCGGGACCCCCGAUCCCCCCCCAGCCCUACCCCGGAGCCCCCGGGCCCAAGCCAGAGCCCCCCCGCCACCGCCGCUGCGCCGAGGACCUUCGCCGCCCCCGGCCCCAGAGGAACAUGGACGCCGACUCGUGCGCCUCCGCCUUCCACCCCGAGGAAUACUCCCCCAGUUACAAGAGGCGGCGAACUGUGGAGGAUUUCAACAAGUUUUGUACCUUUGUCUUGGCAUAUGCUGGCUACAUCCCUUAUCCAGCAGAGGAGCCUCCUUUGAGGAGCAGCCCCAGCCCUGCCAACAGCACAGCCGGGACCAUCGACAGUGACAGCUGGGAUGCCAGCUUUGCUGACCUGCCCUCAUCCGUGUCCCUGCCUGUUGCAGACCGGUGCUUUGGCCACUUGCAGCCCUCCCUUCUGCAGCGAGCCAAGCCCAGCAACUUCCUCAUGGACAGAAAGAAGACAGACAAGCUGAAGAAGAAGAAGAAGCGUAAGCGGAGGGAUGCGGACGUGCCAAUGGAAGAGGAGUACAUGGGGGGCUUGCUGAAGCUGGAGCCGGCCGACACUUUUGCCCAGAGAACAGCCAGCCCUGAUCUGCAGGACAUCCCCACAGCCAGCAGCGACCCGUGCUCGGGCUGGGAUUCUGACACCCGCUCUAGCGGCUCCUGUGCGGCAGCCACCCCCGAGGAGGUCAAGGAGAUUCAGACAGAAGGCAAACGGACUGUCAUACGGCAGGGCAAACAGGUGGUGUUCCGGGACGAAGAUAGCACUGGGAAUGAUGAGGACAUCAUGGUGGACUCUGAUGAUGAUUCCUGGGAUCUCGUCACCUGUUUCUGCAUGAAACCUUUUGCUGGGCGACCGAUGAUUGAAUGUAAUGAGUGCCACACCUGGAUCCACCUGUCCUGUGCAAAAAUCCGGAAAUCCAAUGUUCCCGAAGUGUUUGUUUGCCAAAAGUGCCGGGACUCCAAGUUUGACAUCCGCCGCUCCAACCGUUCCCGAAUGGGUUCCCGGAAGCUCUUUCUGGACUGACUGGGGUGGGGCAUGACUUCAAAGGAAGAUUAGAAGGGCCGGUGGGCGUUCUUUGAGGUCACUUUUUCCGAAUCUGAGCACAGAACUGUUAGCGCGUGGUGCGCCAUCCUUGCCCUUCUGACAUCAAGGUGCCUAAGCGGAAGGACAGGUUGUCCAAGGUACAUAAAAACUGUACAUAGUUGGUGAUGACGUAGAAUCUUUGUUGGCCAAAGCUGCUGCUGGGGCCCCAUGCUCCGCAGCCAGAGCAGACUCAGCACCCCGGUGUUGAGCUCAAAAUGAGGGUAUGUGAUGGUUGUGAGUCUUUUCCCCCACUUUGGACUGCUGAGGUGGGCCUGGGGGUGAGGGUGGGGACGGGGACAGUCCUCCCCAGAGGGAGGAAGACAUCUCUGGUUUCCAAGGAUUCAGUAAGUGAACAGCCAUAUGUGUUAAGUUUCCCGAGUAUAAGUCUUUACCGUAAGUGUCUGUAUAGGUAGCCUAACAUUGCUCUUUCCUUAGCAAACAGUUCCCUAGCCUGCUGCCUCUGCCUGAGAGGGGGGCAUCUGAGGUCAGUUGCAAGUGGCUUCCUCUGGUUUGGCUAUGGGGAGAGUUGGGGCCAGUGAUUCUCCCUCUAGUGCUCUCCUGGUGUAUUUAGAACAAUCACACAGGGCUGCUUCUGUUGGAGCAGAGCCAGGAUGGUCUCUUAGAUGAAGGGGGCCUGAGUCCUUGAUUCAAGUUCCCAUUUUGCACGAUGUAAAAUUUUUUUCCCUUCUUCACUCUAUUUUCUUUUUUUUUUUUUCCUUUUUGCACGAUCCAGCCAAACUGAGUUUGGCAGAUUUCCUGCCUGUUCCCCCCCUUGUCUUGGGGACAUGUUGGGAUGCAGAGUGGAGGUGCUCUCUUCAGAGUGAGUGGGAGCGGGUUGAUUCCUUCCUCGUUUCUUCCCCCACAGAGUACUGACCCUGUACCAUGAUGUAGGCAGUUAUCACUGGAGAUUAGUAGUGGUCUUAUUUAAAUGAGAAAUGUCCUGAGCAAAGCCAGGGAUCCAUGUUUUCCUAAGGCAGGUGGAGGCAUCCCAGAGCAAGGGUAGAACUUAAAAGCCCUUGCUUUCUACAGUGAGUGUUGUCUGAAUACGGGCACUCAGGUGUUUUGUGGCAUUUGUGCAAGGUCCUGUUAACCGAUCCCCAGCCUCAAUAGCUUUAAAACUCCUGAUGUGGUCCACAGCAGGAAGACCCUGAUUGUGUUUGGCUAUGGGAAGUCUAGGGGAUUUUGAGGUGUGUGUGACCCCAGCUGAGCCUCUGCUCCAGGGCCAUCCCCACUGCAGAACCACUGGCUGAUUCUGCUACUUGGUUAACAAGAGAAGGACCUGAGCUUUUUUCUCUUUAAUGACUAAGUUGACAAAUAACUGUAUGUAGCCGCUGUUCAAGGCCUUGUUUUAAAAAAAUAAAAUAAAAAACCCAUCCCUUGUAAAUGAAUGAAUGAAUGAAUGUUGUUCUUCAGAAAGUGUGGGAAGGAUAAGUGGGAUUGAAGUUAGAAGUUUUAUUUCCCAAAAAAAAAAAAGGGCUCAGCCAACCUCCCCCACAGAGGUGCUUACGGGCUUACAUAGUGGCUUUCUUUUUUUUUAAAUGGUAGGGGCAUGAGCUCUCUCAAGGAAGAGCUAUCCUAUUUUGUUGAAUACAAGCCCCUUUUUAGGUCUGGUGUCUUUCACACCCUUGCCUAGCUGGCUUUUUCUUUUCUAAGUUCGUUUACUAUUUGAGCAGAAAAAAGAAGAAAUUGAGUUUCUGAAACCUGGUCCAACAUGAAGAAUCCCAAGGGCGAAGUUAAAUCAUAGGUUACAGAAUUUUAAAAGUGCAUUUUGAAACCGCCCAGCUUCUAUGAGGGCACAGCCUGUACCAUAUGCUCAAGAGGCAUUCGCCAAAGAUCUGCCCCCUUCAACCACCUGUCUAGUUUCUGCACCAAGAGAAAUAACCAAAGUUUCAAAAUCCUCUUUUUGUUUGUUUGACAUUUUUAUUCCACAAAGUGUUAAGGAGUGCUCGAAAGCCAACCUCGGGCAGCUGAAGUUGGGGUCCCUAGGCAGAGAUCCACGGCCAUCGGUGGUGUGAGGACUGGGCUUCAUGGGGGUUUCUUGUCUGGCCUGCGAUGUUCAUCUCAUGAUUUUUGUCAAAUGGGUUCCCAGUCUGUUCCCUUGACAGACCUAUCCCAGUGGGUGGUGUCUGAAAAGCCAGGCAAGUGUGUUUCUGUGUUAGAUUGAGCUGGGGCAGCUGCAGUCGGCUUAUUUUAUGCAAAUUAGGUGUGUCCCAUCCAGGGGCUCCUGGCAGGUGGCCGCUGGAGUUGGGGGGAAGGGAAAGGAUGUCUCCAGAAGGUAGGGGUCCCUCUUGGGCUUUGGCCAGGCCAGACACUUAACAUCGUUUACAUGGUUCUGUGUAAUUAUAAAGUUUAUGUGUAUAGAGAAGCUGUUUCUGUGAAACUGUAUAUUUUGUAAAUAAAUAUAUUGAUACUUUGAAGUUCA